GAGUCCGCGGGCGGAGGAUGUGAGCUCACAGCCCGGGAUUGCUGGCGGGCAGGCGGCCACAGCCCAGGGCGGCACGGGGUCGGCUUGCAACCCAGCUGAGAGGAGACGUGCCCCCCGGGAACGUGCUGAGAGUAUGAGGCUCUGGCCUCCGCUGGCCACUUACUCGUGAUCCUUCCACCACGGCGGAGCCUUCCAAGCCAACCUCCUGCCGUGUGGUGAUCUACCUGCAGCGGGAGAUGUCAGGAGAUACCUGUCUGUGCCCAGCCUCAGGAGCCAAGCCCAAGCUGAGCGGCUUCAAGGGAGGAGGCUUGGGCAACAAAUAUGUCCAGCUCAAUGUGGGGGGCUCACUGUACUACACGACCGUGCGGGCCCUAACCCGGCAUGACACCAUGCUCAAGGCCAUGUUCAGCGGGCGCAUGGAGGUGCUGACUGACAAAGAAGGUUGGAUCCUCAUAGACCGAUGUGGAAAGCACUUCGGCACCAUUCUGAAUUACCUCCGAGAUGACACCAUCAUCCUCCCACAAAACCGGCAAGAAAUCAAGGAACUGAUGGCUGAAGCAAAGUAUUACCUCAUUCAGGGGCUGGUGAACAUGUGCCAGACUGCUCUGCAGGACAAGAAGGACUCCUACCAGCCUGUGUGCAACAUCCCCAUCAUCACGUCCCUGAAAGAGGAAGAGAGGCUCAUCGAAUCCUCCACCAAGCCCGUGGUGAAGCUGCUGUACAAUAGAAGCAACAACAAAUAUUCUUAUACCAGCAACUCCGACGACCACUUGCUGAAAAACAUCGAGCUGUUUGACAAGCUCUCCCUGCGCUUCAACGGCCGCGUGCUCUUCAUCAAGGACGUCAUUGGCGAUGAGAUCUGCUGCUGGUCCUUCUACGGCCAGGGUCGCAAGCUGGCAGAGGUGUGCUGCACCUCCAUUGUGUAUGCCACGGAGAAGAAGCAGACCAAGGUGGAAUUCCCAGAGGCCCGAAUCUAUGAGGAGACACUCAACGUCCUACUGUAUGAGACCCCCCGAGUCCCUGACAACUCCUUAUUGGAGGCCACAAGCCGAAGCCGCAGCCAGGCUUCUCCCAGUGAAGAUGAGGAGACCUUUGAACUGCGGGACCGGGUCCGCCGUAUCCAUGUCAAGCGCUAUAGCACUUAUGAUGACCGGCAGCUUGGCCACCAGUCUACCCAUCGCGACUGACAAGACCCUCAGGGAGUCAGGACACCCUGUCUCCCCUCCUGUGGAACCCUGCCCCAUUGGCCACCCCCCACGCUGGCGCUGGCUGGGUUUCUGCUCCAGCACCCAGAGGCAUGACAGAAAGGCAAAGGGCCCGGCCCGAGCAGGAGAGGGACCAAAUUCAUUUGCCCUGCUCCCUGAGCACUUCACGAUGACCACAUCCUGGACCCUUUGCUCACCUUUCCUGACAGGGAGCUGCUUCUGCCCCUGGGGCAAAUGGACUGACCUGCCCACCUCCUAUGAGAACAAUCUUCUCGACCCUUUGCUGAGUGUCCUUUUGCUCCACUGAAGGGCUGCCUUGAGGCCUCUGAGGAACAGGCUCGUUCUGGUGCUGUGGAGGCCCAGUUUCUUACAGAAGGUGGGGCUCCUUUUUCCCUGACGUGUUUUAAGCACAGGCUUCAUGAUUUUGGUUUUUAAAAAAUUAUCUAGGAAAUGAAUAGUUUUAGGUCUAACAAUGAGGGGACUGGGUAUAUGUGCUACCCCUCUAGGGGUAGGUCCCCUCUUGGCCUUUCUUGAUGCCUUUGGGGUCGGUUUCUUUAAAGCACUUUGUACUUUUAUUCAGGAGAUUUGUAUUCUGCCCUGAUCCCCAUCAUCUUUUUCUGACUCUAACCCCUCUUCCCUGCAGAAUCAGUCUGAGAGGGGCUAGAGAAGCAAUAAAACAAAGAACUACCUUUGGCUUUGCUGAGCAGGCCAGGCAGCUGUUUCAGAUAGCACACGGGAAGGAAGGGCAUUUACGCUGGGAACUGUGGUCCUCGUAAUGCUCACGAGAAAGAACACUUUAAGGUCAUAUAACUGACUCCUAGGGCCUUACAUGAUUGCUAGAUUAUUCUCUUGCCCUCGGCUCCAAGGCAUGCUUUGCUUUACUUACUAGAAAGCCAAAGAGCCAUGAUGGGGCCAGGAGCAUGAGGCCCAGAAGGCAAGCUGUGGAGCCUGUGGGUACUGCGCUUGAUGCCCACCAGCCGAGGAUGGGGAACCCGAGCUCUGCAUUCCCAGCAGCCCUGUGCAGAAGUGGCAUGUGCUUGGCCAUUGGCUAGUUACCUCCUGCCCGCCCCCUACUAUUGGUUUUGUGUCCUGGCUGGGAUGGUGGUUCUGCCCAGCCUUGGGUCUGAACCCAGGGUGAUGUGAGCAGCCUAAGUCCUUUGAAAGGCUGGGUCAUGGGUCAUGUGGCCACGGAGCUGCUGAGCCCCAGCUCUUGGGCAAAGGAGCAAGUUCCUCCUUGGGGGCUUUUUUUCACAAUCUUCUGUUUGGCUUGGCCCUUACCUGAAUUAUUUUCCAAAGGAAUGCCAUCAGGGAGAGAGCUGCUCAGCCAGCCUAGCAAGACCCCAUAGCCACUGAGUGGUAGCCACCGGGCAGGAGCACAGGUUAUCAGGGCCCUCUCCUGACUAUGGCCACUAUAGCUAAGUGGCCUGCUUGUGGCUGACCCACUGGAGCCUCUGGGCAAAUGCCAGCCAUGGUUCAGACACCCACAAGGACCUGAAAUGACAUGAUGGGGCAAGGGAACCAUGACUAACCUGGCAUUUUAUGCUUGUCACAGCCUUGAAUAUGUAGACUUUCAGGUGAGGCACCCUGCUCAUCAGCUCCAAACACUUCUUCCAGCCCUCACUGGAGUAAUAAGAUGAAGACAAAUCCAUUUCUUUGGCCAGAUUCCGACUUUGGCUUUGUAGCUUUCCCACAGAGACUGGAAUGCUCCUGGCCCAGGCUGAGGGUCUAUUUCCUCAGCCCUGGCUCUCUAGCCCUCCAGCCCUCCCUCCUGAGGCCUGCUCAAAGCCCUGGCUCCCCACUGAGGUAUUUUAAUGCCUGUCCUUUGACCUCCCCUGCCCUGCAGCCUCUUUGCAGCUUUGACAUUUAGAUCCUCAGCUGUCUCAGUGGUGAUUAGUCUUUCUUCCUGAGAAAGCACAGUAAUCCUGGACUGAUCAAAGUAUCUCCCUGGUCUUAAGAAAAAUACUAACAUUGCAACCACUGAUGUAAUCUUAACUUCUUUACUCAGACUUUGUGGCAUAUGGGUUUGGGGAAUUUUCUUUGUGCCUCUCAGCCCCAUUCGGAAAGCAGCUCUUGGCUGUGUGAAUUUUUCAAUUGGGGGGGGGGGGGGCGGGCCAAACAAAAAGCGUGGAUGAAGGUCAAACUUUGUCGGUUUCUGAGAAAACUAGAAGCCUGCUGUUCAUCACAUGGGUUUUAUUCUUAUAUCACCCACGUCGCCUAAAGGAUGGCCCAACUCCUGCCGAGAGAACUUCUUUGCCACUUAACUGUAAUCCUUUGUUGCUCACCACAGGUGAUGGAAACAAACACUAAUUUCUAAUAAAAUUGUGUUACACUGCGGUA